UAUCUAAUAUCCAAAUCCAAUUGCUGCUCUAAAAGCAUUCGGUGCAAACGGAGACCAAAAAACUUGGCGCAGGAAUGACCAGAAACCCUAGAUUGAGUUGAGUUUUGAGUGUCUAACUGUCUACGUUCUAGACCGUAACUCCGCAACCCAUGGAGAUGGGUUGUAUCUGGAUGAGGCGAGCGGGGGGAACCAACUGCUUGGUGGUCAUGAAACCUGCCAUAUCCUCGAUAACACCGAUUGCGUCCUUCCCAGUGCCCCCUUCAAAACCACCACGACGUCUAAUUUUUCUAUUUUCUUCAUCUUGCCGUUUGUUUUCGAAGAUCGCUUGUUCUUCUCCCACGGCGGCUCUUUCGAUAGACGACUACGAAACUGGUACCGUGAACGGUAGCAUAAGCUCCAAGAGCUCAAAGGUGCUCCUGAAGGGAAUGAGAUAUACUGAACUUGAAAAAUGGGUGCAGUCACAUGGAUACAGGCCAGGGCAGGCUUUAAUGCUGUGGAAGCGUCUGUAUGGAAACAAUAUUUGGGCACAUUGUAUAGAUGAAUUGGAAGGUCUGAAUAAAGACUUCAGAAAAAUGUUGAGCGAAUUUGCUGAAUUUAAGGCAUUGUCUUUAAAAGAUAUUCAUACAGCAUCGGAUGGAACUCGAAAGAUUUUGUUCACUUUGGAAGAUGGAUUGGGUAUAGAAACAGUUGUAAUUCCUUGUAAAGGAGGGAGGACUACUGUUUGUGUCUCAAGUCAAGUAGGUUGUGCCAUGAAUUGUCAAUUCUGCUACACUGGCAGGAUGGGCUUAAGAAGACACCUAACAGCCGCUGAGAUAGUGGAGCAGGCUGUUUUUGCUCGACGUCUGCUCUCAAGUGAAGUUGGUUCUAUAACAAAUGUUGUAUUUAUGGGAAUGGGGGAACCACUCCACAACAUUGAAAAUGUCAUUAAAGCUGCCGACAUAAUGGUAGAUGAACAUGGCCUUCAUUUCAGUCCUCGAAAGGUUACUGUUUCAACCAGUGGACUUGUGCCACAGCUGAAACGUUUCCUCCAUGAAUCCAACUGUGCGUUGGCAGUCAGUUUGAAUGCAACAACAGAUGAGGUCAGAAACUGGAUCAUGCCAAUUAACAGAAAGUAUAACUUGGGUGUGCUUCUUGAGACUCUUAGGGAGGAAUUGCGCUUCAAACAUAAUUAUAAAGUGCUAUUUGAAUAUGUGAUGCUUGCAGGAGUAAAUGACAGCAUUGAGGAUGCAAGGAAGUUAAUUGAUCUUGUUCAAGGUAUACCUUGCAAGAUAAAUCUCAUCUCCUUUAAUGCUCAUAGCGGGUCUGAGUUUCGACCCACCAGUGAAGAGAAGAUGAUGGAGUUCCGGAAUGUUCUGGCAGAAGCAGGAUGUGUUGUUUUCCUGCGGUUGAGUAGGGGGGAUGAUAAGAUGGCUGCUUGCGGUCAGCUUGGCAAGCCCGGGGAUAUCCAGCCUCCUCGACUCCGUGCUCCACCUCGAUUCCAAAUGGCUUUAUGAAUAUCAGGAUUCAGGAAGGUGACUUGGGGAUAUGGUAUUACCUUUGGGCUCUUCAUUAUUAAAACUAAAGGUGAAAAGGGUGCACCUACCAAAGCCAAGGGGAUAUGGUAUUACCGUUGGAAUACUUUAGAUUGUAAUUUGUAAACCAUUAACCACCAUUAUGAUUGAUGCUAUAUAUUUUUUAUAUUUAUUGAUUGAGACAAGAGGGUUGAUGUGAACUCGAAGGUUUCUUCUCAUCGACCUUGUUGCUAGUUAGUAGUUACAACUCCAAGGAAUUUUCUUCAAAUUGGCUUU